UCAAUGGAAAACUUUACGUAUCAGUAGGAAGAUCAUUCCAGCCGGCCACAAUAGCAUUUAAAACCAACCGGCAUAUUAAUCAUAAUGCGCGCUUAAUGAGCAAAUCCGCAACUGCUGGUUUUAGCCAUAAAAAGAAGCGACCUGAUAACAGCUUUAAUAAAAUAUCAGGCUUUACUGCCAAAGAAGCCCUAGAAGAAGUACGUAACUGGAAUACACAGGUUGUUGUUGCUGCUGUUAUAUUUCGUGAGCUUAAUGGAUUGUUGGGAUGUAAAAUUUAUUUGGGACACUGAAGAUGAGGAAUUGGGAAAACGGGAAAAAUCGAUAUCCAGAACCCCAAGAAAGCGCGUCAAAUUUUCUUCGCCAAAAAAAUCACCUGGACGAUGCAGCGAUUCAGCUGAGAACACAAAGCAUAGAAAGCGCACAUAUUCGAGCAGAAAAUCCAAGAAAGACGAGGGCAAAAGGCGAGACAUGGAGACUGAAAAUAGGCAUAAACAAUCGGUGGAAUUAAAAGCGGAAAAGUAUCCGGUAGUUGCAGACGUCGAUGAGAGCGAGCAUGAGGCUAGUGAAGAACAACGAGAGAAAUCGACAGAAUACUGCAUGGAUUCAUCUGGGGAAUCUUCAGAAAAAUCACUGACUCUCGAACAACACACGAUGGAAUCCGAAACAGAGUUAGACGUCGAGGAAUCUUCACAAGACAACUACGAAAGUGAUGAGUCCAGUUCAUCAACAGAAAGUACAAAAUGUUCCCAAAGCAAAUAAAUAUUCAAUCAGUUGAUUCGUCUAGAAGCUCCUUCAACUUGUAAUAAACCACAAUUGUAU